GCUUCUCUGCAGGGGUGCUGUGGAACCUCUCCUCCUGUGACUCCGUCAAGAUGACAAUCAUUCGGGAUGCCUUAACUACUCUGACCAACACUGUGAUCAUACCCCAUUCCGGAUGGAGCAGCUCGACAUUCGACGAGGACCACAAGCUCAAAUUCCACUCCUCUCUGGUCCUGAGGAACACCAGUGGCUGUAUGAGGUAACGGACAUUCUGUGUAUGAUGCUACCACCCCCUUCUGGAUGUUUCAAGCUACUGCAGCCAGGAUCAUAUUUGAACAUAGCCUUCCAGCUGUUCUGUAAAUAAUAUUACGAACACGAGUCAUGACUAGUGAAUGAGUCAAACCUGACCAUGGGAACUUACAAAUAAUGCAUUGUAAACAGGUAAUCUAUGACUGUAUUAAUUAAAAAAAUACACAGUGCUAGAAAGUCUGUGUACUGUGUGUGUACAGAUACAGUAAUGUCCCACUGGGCACAGACGUCAGUUCAACGUCUAGUUUUGAUUUACAUUUGGUUGAGUAGUCACCUAACGUGAAAUCAACCAAAAAUGUCACCCAAUCAUGGGAUUUAGGUUAAAUGAAGAAGAAAAAUGAAAUUACCUUAUGUUGAUGACUUUUUGCAAAUCCAAUCAGUUUUCCACAUUGAUUCAACAUCAUCACACUGAAUGUUUUGGUUGAAAUGAUGUGGAAACAAUGUUGAUUCAACCAGUUUUUGCCCAGUGGGGUGGCCCUUGAAACCCACCAAUCUACCCCAGCCAUAAUACACAGAGUAAGUGGAUGCAUAUGUUAUGUGAUUGUUACACAGUCAGUCAUUGUAGAGGAAAUAAAACAGCCAUAGUAAAGGGUAUUCUGGCUCUCCAGCCACCCUUCCUUUGAAGGCAGUGCCUACGUCCCAAAUGGCACCCUAUCCCCAUAUAUGGGCCCUAGUCAAAAGUCCUGCACGAAAUAGGGAACAGGUUGCCAUUUCGGACGCAUGCCAGUCAGUUUGGUCUCUAAUUGGUGACAGCAAAUGGAGCUGUGUCUCUGAGCGCGCUCAGUUAGGCUCUCAUUUCCCACUCCAAAGCACUCAUAAUUGCAUCACUCAGGCCAACCAGAGAGCCUCAUCCAUUAUGGAUGGGACUGAGCAAUUAAAACCCUGCAACACACACCAGCGUCGCGCUAAGGUAACACACACAAACAGAUUGGCUGUGUCCCAAAUGCUACCCUAUUCCCUUUAUAGUGCACUACCUUAAACCGAGCCUUAUGGGCCCUGGUUGAAAGUAGUACACUAAAUAGGGAAUAGGGUGACAUUUGGGACGAAGCCUUUCUUUUUUAAAGUGGCUGUUUGUGUAUGUUGCUGGGCCGUCUUUGUGUGUGAAUUCAUUGUGUGUGUGUGAUUGUGUGUGUUUGUGUGUGUGUGUGUGUGUGUGUGUGCUGUAGGGGCCUAUAUCCUGACUGGUGUUUGUGUUGUUCUAAAGGAACCUGAGCUCGGCAGGUGAGGAGGCUAGAAAACAGAUGCGCUCCUGUGAGGGACUGGUGGACUCUUUACUCUACGUCAUCAAGGCCUGUGUCAACACCUCUGACUUCGACAGCAAGGUCUGUGCACACACAGACACACUUACAGACACACACCUACAUAUAUGCACACACACGUGCACACACACAGUGCCUACUAGAAAAUAUGUUGUCACACGAUGGCAGGCAGCUGUAGGGGAGAAGGAGAAAUCCUACCCUACCAGUUUUGAUUGAAUUGAUCAUUUCUCAAUCACAUUUACUUGCACAGCUCAGUAACUUGACUGGGAAGGCAUUCUAUCAGCCCAUAGGUCUACAAUGUUAAUCGUGUGCAAUUAAAAGUUCAUAGACUUUAUCACUGGUCCCUUAGCCAGCUGUUCCAGUUGAUUAUCUCCCCUAUUUGGCCUCUCUGUUGGUGCAUCCCAAAAUGGCACCCUAUUCCCUACAAAAUGGCACCCUGUUCCCUAUAUAGUGCACUACUUUUGACUUGUGCGCUUAUGGGCCCUGGUCAAAAGAAGUGCACUAUAAAGGGAAUAUGGUGCUAUUUGGGACACAUCCUGUGCAUUUAUUGCUAUGCUCAUAUCUCAGUAUAUUGGCAUCAAACAGUAAGGAAUUAAACCCAUUUGUCAAUACCCAAAUCUCUGUUUCUAAGUGGAGACACUUUAUUCUGUUAUAACACCAUGGGUCCCAUACCUAAUUAAUUUAUACUGCUACAGCAAGCCUGCAUGUCUCCACACCCACACACAGAGGCUGCCUAGCUUAUUGAGCACUAUUUCACUGGAACAAACCUCUUAUGAUGCAUAGUGUACUUAUUGAGAUCUCUCUCUCUCUCUCUCUCUCUCUCUCUCUCUCUCUCUCUCUCUCAAAUCAAGUCUUUAUUGGCAAGGAAAUUGUUAACACACACACAUUGCCAAACCAAUAGAAACAUAUUAAAUCAAUGAAGAUGUAAAUAAAUCAAAUCAAUUACCCCUCCAUCUCUCGCUCUCUAGAUUGUGGAGAACUGUAUUUGCACUCUAAGGAACCUGUCGUAUCGCCUGGAGCUGGAGAUGCCGCCGUCGAGGCUGCUGGGAUCCCAGGAGCUGGAUGGUCUGCUGGGAAGUGAGUCUCCCAGUAAGGACGUGGACUCCAGCUGCUGGGGCAGGAAGAAGAAGAAGAAGAAAAAGGGCUCCCAGGAAGACCAGGUGAGCUCAAAUGGCACCCCUAUUCCCUAUGUAGUGCACCUUCUUGUAGUGCACCCUAUGGGUCCUGGUCAAAAGUAGUGCACUAUAUAGGGAAUAGGUGCCAUUUUGGGAUGAAACUUCAGUCUGAGGGUGGAAAUAUCACUUCCUAGGUGUUCAAAGUGAAUGUUCACUCCAGCUGAGUUCAGGGAUAACAACUCAUCACUGAGUGGUGGAAUUAGAACACAUGACACUUCCCUAUGCCUUAAGUGAAUGUUCACUCCAAAUGUUUGUCAAACGUUUUUCUUAAAGAUCUCAACAGUAGUCUAGUAGCGAGAGUCCAUGUCCCAUGACUUCUGUUUUGUCUAACAUUACAAAAUUAGAUGACGGUGCCUGCCUGUCUUUUCAAAUCAUUUGGGAUCAAGGCGUCGUAUAGCUGGAUCUACGCAACAGAUGGCAUGAUAGAACUUGGACUAAUUUCUCCCUUCUGAGAAAUGGAAAACAUUUGACAACUUAGAUUUUGGAGUGAACUAUUACUUUAACUCUUCUAGGAGCACUCUAGAGAAGACCAUGGCCCGUAUCCACAAAGCGUCUCAGAGUAGGAGUGCUGAUCUACAGUGAAUCUCAUUCAUCAUAUAUAGUCAAAGUUUUAUUAUGAACUGGGUGGUUUGAGCCCUGAAUGCUGAUUGACUGAAAGCCGUGGUAUAUACAGUGUACCACGCGUAUGACAAAACAUUUAUUUUUACUGUUCUAAUUAUGUUGGUAACCAGUUUAUAAUAGAAAAAGGUACCUUGGAGGUUUGUGGUAAAUGGCCAAUAUACCACGGCUAAUGCCUGAAUCCAGGCACUCCACGUUGUGUCGUGCAUAAGAACAGCCCUUUGCCAGGGUAUAUUGGCCAUAUACCACAACUCCUCGGGCCUUAUUGCUUAAUUAGAACCUCUAAUCAUGAUCAUGUGCUUGUAAUGUGUUCUCAGUGGGACGGAGUUGGCCCCAUCCCCGGCUUCUCCAAGUCCCCCAAGGGGGCGGAGAUGUUGUGGCACCCAGCCGUGGUGAAGCCCUAUCUGACCCUGCUGGCUGAGAGCUCCAACCCUGCCACUCUGGAGGGCUCGGCAGGCUCCCUACAGAACCUGUCUGCUGGGAACUGGAAGGUAUGGAGUACACUACGGAGUACACACUACACAGCACCCAGGACAGGAGAUGACAAGAACACUAGUCUAUUGUGUGUUAUUUUAUUAAUUAAUAGUCUAUUAGCUAUGCGAAGUUAAUCAUAUUUAAAGGGGAACUCUCCUCCAUAAGCAUGUCAGUGAAACUAAUGUCAAUAGUCACUUAUAGUGCAUUCUCCUAAACCCCCUAGUUGCUAUUGGUAGCUUCUGGGACAAGGAAGGACGCUAGAUCUAACUAGACAUCCAAAGCUAAAAGUCGUGUGUCAGUGGCUCUUGGUUAUUUCAGCUCUAGGACAUUUAUCACAGGGGCUAUGACAUCAUUGUUGUCUGUUGUCUGGUUUUCUGAAGCAGAAAAAACAUUUCUGUACUACGAUGGCUGAACCUGUAAAAAAACGUUCACUGCACCUGUCCGGUGUAUGUGACAAUAAAACAUACAUAUUUUGUUGUUAUUUUCUCUUGUCUCUAUUUUUUCUUGUACACUCUUAAGUUGAGUUGCAUUCAAUAGAGUUGAAACGUCGUCUCUGUGUCGUCUCUGCGUUUGUACUAGUUUACGGCGUACAUCCGUGCGGCGGUGCGUAAGGAAAAGGGUCUGCCCAUCCUGGUGGAGCUGCUGAGGAUGGACAAUGACAGGGUGGUCUGCUCUGUGGCCACCGCCCUGAGGAACAUGGCCCUGGACGUCAGGAACAAGGAGCUCAUAGGUGAGGACCAAACACUGGCUCUGUGAAGGGAUGACCCACGCCGCGUUCCAGGCUGACUACAUUGCAGACGCCUGACAGAUCUCCCAACACCUGGAUAGGUGUUUAACAUAUCAGAUCACCGCAUCAUAUGAUAUAACAGUUUGAUGCCGACUGCGCAGUCGAUGGCGUGGCACGCAACCAUUGGUUGAUACAAUGCAUCUGCAAUGUAGUCGGUUAUGGAACGCAACCCACCAGUACAGUAGGCUAUGUAAAUGUGCUAUACAAGCACAGAGCAAAAAAAUGGAAGACCAACACUAUACACUCAGUGUACAAAACAUUAGGAACACUUUUAUUAUAUUGUGUUGCACCCCGUUUUGCCCUCAGAACAGCCUCAAUUCGUCGGGGCAUGGACUCUACAAGGUGUCAAAAGUGUUCCACAGGGAUGCUGGCCCAUGUUGACUCCAAUGCUUCCCACGGUUGUGUCAAGUUGGCUGGAUGUCCUUUGGGUGGUGGAUUCUUGAUACACACAGGAAACUGUCAAGCAUGAAAAACCCAGCAGCAUUGCAGUUCUUGACACACUCACACCGGUGCGCCUGGCACCUACUACCAUACCCCAUUCAAAGCACUUAAAUAUUUUGUCUUGCCCAUUCAUCAUCUGAAUGGCAUACAAUCCAUGUCUCAAUUGUCUCAAGGCUUAAAAAUCCUUCUUUAACCUGUCUCGCCCCCUUCAUCUACACUGAUUGAAGUGGAUUUAACAAGUGACAUCAUAAGGGAUCAUAGCAUUCACCUGGAUUCACCUGGUCAGUCUAUGUCAGGGAUGGGCAACUUUGAGUGGCCGCAGUGGCUCAUGGGUCUGCGUAUCAACAUCCAUACCCCCCCACCUUGCGAAAGUUCAUUUCCUGCAAUUCUGCACAUUUUGCCAUGGGGCGUUGAUGAAGAUUUUGCAAAUUUUAUAACUCAUUUCAUGCAAUUCUACUCAUUUUGCCAUGGGGUGGAGAGAAAAAUGUGUAGUUUGGAGGCAAAUGUUUGCAGUUUUUAAUAUGAUAACUGGUGAUUAAUGGGCCCACCCCGGUCGGUAAUUCCACCAUGCUUAUUACAAGUUUAGAUAGCUGGUCGCUAGACUAACUUACCAAUCUAAAAUAAUUAGCUGACAUGGGCUAAUUGAGUGACUGCUGAUGCACAACCACAUUUUGAAAUUGCACCUUGUGUAUUCUAUUAUUCUAACUCUCAACAGUAAGUUGAGACCCCGAAUGAAUUGGGUGAAAUUGGUCGGCAGGCCUACAAAAGGGGGGCCGCAUGUGGCCAGUGGGCCGCCAGUUGCCCAUCCCUGGUAUAUGUCAUGGAAAGAGCGUGUAAAAGGGACGAGAUGAGAUGGAAAAUAAGAGGUUUAAAAUGAAGCAGAACCAGAAGAGCGACGUUCAUGCUUAGUAAUCUAACUGCUGAUUAUAUGCCCAGAUUGCUACCUUUCAGUUGCAUCCCAAUCCAUCUUGUUUUUCGUGAAAUCACCCCUUUUUUUAUGGGCUAGCUAUGUGGAAAUAAUGAGGAGUUAGAGUUAGGGUUCCAGCAAGGCUGAGGCAGAGGGGGGAGAGGGGGGAGAUAAUGGGGGGAGAGGGGCUGUGUGGAGAGGUACUCUGGAGGGGCUGAUCUUCUGAGGGAGACAGGGGGAAAGGGGGAAAAUCAAGGGGUUUUAAUCCAGGAUCUGUAGGUCCCUUGGGGGCACUAAUGCUAUGUCCUAUAGGAAAGGCACAUGGUAGGCUGUGGCAGUACAACCCAAGCUGAACAAAUAUAGCAUCUGCAAAGUAAAAAGUACACUGUGUACUCUAGGUCUCCUGCCGUACAAAUACAUUACGUAAGACACAGUAUAUAAAAAAUGCAAUGAAUGUCUCUUUAUUUCCAUUUUGUCUCUCUCUCCCUGUUGCUUUCAAGUUUUAUUUAAAGGUGUAGCCAGUUCAUUUAUUUGCAGUUAAAAAGUCAAAAAAAUGUAUGCACUCACUAACUGUAAGUCGCUCUGGAUAAGAGCGUCUGCUAAAUGACUAAAAUGUAAAAUGUAGAGGUCAGGAUGAGGAAGCCAAAAUGGGUUUAUGAAGAAGCCUCGCCCUAAUCUAGCUCGUAAAUUCGUAACAGAAAUUCUAAGUACAUAAUUAAUACUUCCCUCCCUCCCUCCUUUUCUCCUUCCUUCCCUCCCUCCCUUCUUUCCCUGUUCUCUACCUCCUUCCCUCUCUCCUUCACUCCUUUCCUCCUUCCCUGACUCCCUCCCUCCACCCUCCACCCUCCACCCUCCUCCCAUCCCUCCCUCCCUCCCUCCCAGGGAAGUAUGCGAUGAGGGACCUGGUGAAUCGUCUCCCUGGGGGGAACACCACCCUGCUCUCUGACGAGACGGUAGCGGCCAUCUGCUGCACUCUGCACGAGGUCACCAACAAGAACAUGGAGAACGCCAAGGCACUGGCCGACACGGGCGGCAUCGAGAAGCUGGUCAACAUCACCAAGGGCAGGGGAGAGAGGUGAGAGAGAGGCUUCAGCUGCUGCUCAGACAGAGUUUGCGUCGCAAAUGGCACCCUAUUCCCUUUAUAGUGCACUACAUUUCAGUGUACUACUACUACUUUAGUAGUUUACUAUAUAGGGGAUAGGGGUGCCAUUUGGGAUACACACAGAGAGCAUGAGGAAGGACAACUUGUGCUUCCACACAGAAGCUUGCUCUAGGCUCAUGUGCUGAGGUUACACAUUCCGGAAUGGAAUGAGAGCAAUUUCAAACAGUUGAGAGUAGACUCAUUUUUUAACCGCAGAAACAUGCAAUAUGCCAGGUAUUUGCCAUAUAUUCCUAAGAGGCCUCAGUUAUAACUUCUCAGUGGUAAUGUGUGGUGACAUGCGUGUCUCUGUCCUCAAAGGUACUCUAUGAAGGUGGUGAAAGCUGCUGCUCAGGUCCUUAACACACUGUGGCAGUACAGAGACCUGAGAACUAUCUAUAAGAAGGUAAGAAAAUGACCAGUGUUGGGAUGAGGAGGCUAAGUACAGUAGGGCUACUUCCCAAUUAUCUCUCCAUCCUGCCAAAGUGUGCACUUGUUCACUUCCCUUCAUUGAAAGGAAAAUGGCUGGUAUAUGAAAUACGGCGGAAACUCCUACUAGCCCGUGCCGCCACCAAUCCAAUGCUUUUAGAUUUAGAAGAAGUGAACGAGUGUACACUUCAGGAGAAAGGAGAUAUUAUUGGGACUCACCCCAGGUCUUUGUGGUUCAAACUAACCACUGUCUCCUUUCUCUGCUGGCUUUUAGGACGGAUGGAACCAAAACCACUUCAUCACGCCAGUAUCCACUCUAGAGCGCGACAGGUUCAAGUCUCAGCCCACCCUCCCCACCAGCACCAUACAGAUGUCACCGGUCAACCAGUCAGGUAAGCCUAGCUACAUAAACAAUAAUUCACCUAGGUUACGUCCCAAAUGGCACCCUAUUCCCCAGUUUUUCUUAAUCCUGGGUGAACAUUUUUGUUUUUGCCCUAGCACUACACUACACACCUGAUUCCACUCAUCAAAGGUUUGAUGAUGAGUUGAUUAGUGGAAUAAAGUGUGUACUGCUAGGUUAAAAACAAAAAUCCCCAGGACCAACAUUAAGAAACACUGCCUUAGUGCACUACUUUUGACCAGGGCCCACAGGGUUCUGGUCAAAAUUAAUGCGCUAGAUAGGAAAUAUGGAGCCAUUUGGGACGUUACCCUAGAUAAGACGGUUUAAUUGAAAGUUUCAUCAUUUUGACCUCCAUAUUCUGUUGUCCAUAGCUGGUAGUGCAACCUCUUCUCCUGCAAUGCUGGGAAUCAAAGAACACCGUUCUGAUUAUCAGAGGGCACCAUCAACUAUGCAAUUUUGUAAUAACCAAGGGGACAACAAUGUACAUAAAUAUCAAUAUACAGGUAAGCGAUGUGCAUACAGAAUUCUCAUGAUCUCAGAAUUAUUACUGUACAUAAAACACAGUAUAUCAUGUGAGACUUUGAAAUGGGAUUGAAAAUGUAUCAGCCAUGUACACCAGACCGUGAUCAAAGUAUCCCCUAGGGUCAUUUCUACCUCUAUGGAAGCCGUAAUCCAUUUGAUCCCCCUCACCACUCCCAGGAAUCACAUUCCAUGCCCCCUCUCCCCUAGCUCUCCCCUAGCUCUCCCCUAGCCCCCCCUAGCUCUCCCCUAGCCCCCCUAGCUCUCCCCUAGCUCCCCCUAGCUCUCCCCUAGCUCCCCCUAGCUCUCCCCUAGCUCUCCCCUAGCUCUCCCCUAGCUCCCCCUAGCUCUCCCCUAGCUCCCCCUAGCUCUCCCCUAGCUCUCCCCUAGCCCCCCUAGCUCUCCCCUAGCUCUCCCCUAGCUCUCCCCUAGCUCUCCCCUAGCUCUCCCCUAGCCCCCCCUAGCUCCCCCCUAGCUCCCCCCUAGCUCCCCCUAGCUCUCCCCUAGCUCUCCCCUAGCUCCACCACCACCACCACCAUACCUCGCUCUUUCUUAUCACUCUUAUUGGGAGCUGAAGUCUCUUGGACGAUCGGCUAAGUUCAAAAGAGCACUUGAGCCUUUUUGUUGCGUUUAAGUGGGUCUGCUGAUCAAUAAAGUUGCUGGUCCACCCACACUGUGAGCCACUUGGCUGGGAAGCCACUACAAAGCGGCCAUUGUUAGUUGCCCUGAGGAACAGUAGGGCUAUUUCCCAAAUGGCACCCUAUUCCCUAUAUAGUGCACUACUUUUGACCAGAGCCCUGGUCAAAAGUAAUGCACUACAUAGAGAAUAGGGUGCCAUUUGGGACAUUGACUAUGCAGGGCACCCAGAUGGACAGCCCACAAUGGGGCGCUGAGAGGGCUGAGUAAACAGAGCUCCUCCACAUUCACCCCGCCUACCCGCCAGUCUACCCAGCAACACUCCCUGGGUCAGCCAUAAAAACCCAGAAUGCUGGGAACAAGAGUGGGAAAUGGGUUUCAGGAUUCCUCUGGCUUGAAAAUGGGCCAAGGAAAAUACCAUCCCACAGGCUUUGCAAACAAUAAGACGCUGGUGCCCAACUCUAUGACUGUGUGUUAUUAGUCUGUUCAAUGCAGCGUAGCUGUAUUUGAUCAUAUACAGAGAUCAUGCCUAAGGGGAUGUGUGAGAUGUGAUAUUUGACACACUGUACACUAACAACUCAAGUUUGUGGCGAAGUUGAAGUUAUACCGUUAUGUUGUGCAUUUCUCUUCCAGGGUCUGGAAAGCCGCCGCCAUAUUAUAUCGGGUCCUACUCCUCGCCGACAAGAGAGGACCCCAGAAGAGCACAGGUAAAUACAAUACAGACUCAGUCCCUUCUGGACGGACAUCCAUCUCCAUCUUUCCCUGCACUAUAAACUUGGCUGGUGCAGACAGGUCUUUUGCUCCACUACACUAAUGCAAGGAGACUGAUACAUAUUCCAGUGUGGAUGAAUGCGAGAGCUAGGAGACAUCCAUCAUAUCAGCCAUUGUGUGAGCUGGAGUGAAUGUGACUGCUGUAAUAGGGAUGAGCUGGGCGUCUCAGGCACCUAGAUAGGACCCAGGGAGAGGGAUCUCUGUUCCUUCCCCUCCCUGCACCCGUUCUCAGACUGGACAGUCAGGAUAUUACACCCAACCCUGUAUAGCCAUGCAGCUUGAGUUUCGAUACAUGUAGGGGCGGUUUCCCGGACACAGAUUAAGCCUAGUCCGCGACUAAAAAGCAUUUUUAAUUGAGAUUCUCUAUUGAUCUUGCUUUUUAGGACUAGGUUUAAUCUGUGUCUGGGAAACCGCCCAAAGAGUGUGAAUUAGUUGUUACUAGAAUUUCAACCAAAAAUUACCCAUAAACCAAACAAACACUGGAGUUUAAAGUAGAUAUGUUCCUGUAUUUCACAUAGACAGACCUGAUUUAGUGUUGCACCUCUUGUCUCCACAGCAGCAGGUGUACUACACUGAGGAGCCGAGCAGGCGGAACUACGACACCUACAGAAUGUACCUGCAGUCUCCACACGGCUACGAGGAACCCUACAUGGAGGAAGUAGUCACCUUCCCCCCCACGGCAGACUACAGCUCUCAGUCGAACGGCCAUGGACUAAAAUCCACCACGAACUACGUGGACUUUUACUCCACCACGCGGAGGCCUUCCUACAGGGCGGAGCAGUACCCAGGCUCACCAGACUCCUGGGUA